CCUCGACAAGCCGAACUGUUGAUUGUCGAUACGGUAUGAGUAUGAAUGUCACCAACUUCAGUCGCGUGGAGGCGCAAGCCAUUGCCCGGCACAAUGAAGCGCCGAAGCAAUCGCUUCCGCUUCGACGGGGCCAUUUCGGACGUGUCCGCAUGACCCGGGAUGAUCUGAACAAAUACGUUGCAACAGCCAAGUCGCAGCUAGACGAGGCCUUAAACAAGGCGCGCGAGGACCGUGAAGUGGGCAACGUCGACUACCGCUCAUGGAAGCAGCUCGGCUCGCACGCCGGCUUCAAGCGCUUCACCAAGACGGGUGAUAACAGCAGAGACCUGCACUACCGUCUACAAGGAACGGUACGGGCGUCGCUCAACGACCUCAUGGGAAUCAUGUACGCAGACUCGACAGCACAGGUGGUAGAGCGUCGCGAAAUUCUCUACAACGACAGUCUGGACGCCCAGACGCUGUGCGUACUCAAGGAACGCAGCGCCGAAAACAUGCAGGAACACGUUUCGAUCCGCUGGCAGGCGAUCAACCUAAGCAACAACAGUCCCAUCUACCAGCGGGACAUGUGCUUCAUCGAGUACACGGGCGUGGCUACCGACAUCGACGGCAUCCCUGUGGGCUUCUGUAUCAAGCAGUCUAUUGAGCGCAAAGAGUGCGUGUCGCUCAAGGAGUCUCACGGUCUGUCACGUCUGGAUUUCACCGAGAUCAUGCUGCUACGGCCAACGCAGAACGCUAGCCACACGGACAUUACUCUGGACGGUGUCGUACGGCAUCCCGAGAACCUCCCCGGAUGGCUCGUCAGCUCGUUUCUUGGCAGUGUAGCGACGUGUCUUAGCAAGCUGCCGAUCGUCGUGCAGGAGAGACUCUUGGCCAGAUUGCCAAUGAUCAGCGACUGGCAGUUCGUACCACCCUCGUCUCGAAAGAACUGUCACGUGUGCUCGAGUAAGUUUAAUCUGCUCUCCAAGAAGGCCAACUGCCGAAGCUGCGGCGAAGUGGCCUGCAAGUCGUGCAUCGUGACGCGUACAGUGGGCGAGACGACCAAGUUUUGUACCAAGUGUAUCCUUAUGGUCUCAACGCAGGCCGAAUCGAUCGUUCCUCCUUCAGAGUUCGGCUCAGCAUCGUUCAUUACCUCGUCGUCUUCAGACCGCAGCCGCAGCCGUCGGGACUCUGAGACUUCGGUAUCAACUACGUCGUCUAUGCUUGGCAGGAGCGGAGCUCUCGUGGUGCCUAGAAUGCGUGUCGACAUGAAGCUUCUAGAAGAUGCCAAGGCCAGUCGCAACAACUGCAGCAUGUCGAGUACUGCGAGCGAGACGAGCUUCGACAGCUCGAACUCGUACUGCAUGGACCACCGCAGCAGCGACGCCCCGCGCUACGGCUCUCUGGAUGAGGAAGUAGUGGAGACGCUGGAUACCACACAAAUGCUUCGCUCUGCUCGCGGCAUGCCACCUACACUUGUCGGUCAGAACGGUCGGCCAGUGCCCACCGUCGAAGCUGUAGAGGACUCGAUCGCGCACCAGCGAUACCUCCUCAAGGAAAUGCUCUCACAGGCAAAGACGUAUCAACAGCAGAGCCGGUCGUAAACAAGUGCUCCUGAAAUCUGCUUUCCAUUGGAAGAA